AUGACUCCGAACUUGACGAAGAUGGUCAUGUGCAAUAUGGAGAGCACUGCGAUACCUCGUCCUCCCGCGUUACCCCUGGGGCAGCUGAUGCCGAAUUUGGGGCCCCUGCCGAAACCCCCGCACUACAACAAGAGCUCAAGGUCUAGGACCGCCAGUUUUAGGAGUAAAACGAGCAGUUCCUCGCAAGGGUUUCGUCUGGUCGAAAACAGUUGCCACAACGACGAGACGGGUAGCGUGUAUUCCAUCUACAAGCAAAAAAUCGACUCGAUGUUCGAGUCGGACUCCAGCAGCGCGAAGAAUAGCGUUCAGGCUAAAAUAGAGAAAAUGUUCAGCGACGUGGCGAAGGACAACGGCAUCCCCAUGAACGACAUAGGCGUGCACAGUUUUUCCGUCGACUAUCUGGGGUCCGUGCCCCUGCAGGGGAAGGUGACCAGCCUUUCGGGACUGCAAGGUCCUCUUAAAGAUCUGUACUUUGCGUAUAAGAAAACCACGAGGACAAAGAAAGCGUUGACGGGACGGUUGGAGAUAUCGAAUCUUGGAUUGAAGGUGUUGUACCAGGGAGAAAAGGGUGAUUUGGAACAGUUGAAUUCUUUUCCCACCAUCGCGGUUUGGAGCGCCGUAAAGUUCGUCAUACACGACAACGCAAAGACGACUUACGCCUUUCUUCCUCUCAUCACCGACCCAGACAAUUUAGACAAGAAAAUGCUGUUUCGCACCUUAGAGGACAGCGAGAAGAAGUUCAUCACGACCGAGGCGCAUUCCCCAUUGUUCGCUGUUGUCAUGAGGAAAAUCGGUGUCCACAAGCAACUGGAGUGCCAUGGAUUUGUUUGUCAGACCUCAGAGGAUGCUAUCGUAAUAGCAGCAACGCUGUACAAAUCGCUGGUGGCGCACAUGAAGGCGAAGGAGAGGAAGCCUAGGAAUAAGAACGGGGUGACUACGUGCAUGUCGAUAGCAUCCAGUGUAUAUAACGAAAAAUCUGGCAAUUCAGUACCUGUUAGACCGCCGAGGAAGAAGAGGAGUUCGACUUCUUCCAUUAUUAGCGAAACAGAUAUCAUGAACAUUUCCGAUACUCAGCCUCUGCUGUCCUCGAAUAACAAACCCCCCAAAAAGAGUUUAAAAUCAAAAAGGGCACCCAAAGCACCAGAAUCGAAAUCCGAGGACCUCGAUGCCAUCCUGCCAUAUGAAGAACCAAUAAGGCCCCAAGAAAUCAAACCUAAAACGUUCACAGAUAAACUUAACACAUAUAUGAGUCUAGAACAGAGGCAGCUAACCGCAGAAAUAAAGCAGGUGAUAGAAGAGGGAGGAAGCAAGUGCCUGAAGAAGGUCCAGAGCGUUAGAAAAACUGAGGACAAUAUUAUCAAGAAGGAAAAUUCCGGUGAUAUAUUGACGAAAGUGACCAUCCCCAGGUCCGGCAGUUUUUUGAACACGGGCGGACUGACGAGAUACAAGAACAAGGUUUCCAGGAACAACGAGCAAGCAAGUGGCGGAUCUCCCUUAGGAUUUAAGGAAAUUUUCAAUGAGUUAUCCCUCCAAGAAGGCCUCCACUCAUUAGACGACAUCUUAGGCGUCAUAAUAGACCCCGAGGGAAUGUCCUUUAAUGAUCUCAAGCCCAUAUACAAGGAAUUCUUGCUGAAACUCUCGGUGACGCUGACCAAGGACGAACUGUACCAGCGGUCGAAGAGCAUAAUGAGGAGACAGAAGAAGAAACUUCUGAGGCGGAACAGCAGCAUCAACACGAAGAAGAGCCAUCGCAUCUUGGUCGGGGGUAAGUUCCGACGGCUGAAGCACAUCUUUCAGAAGAACCUGAAGAUGAGGUUGAAGCAAAAGCUAAAGCAAGCGUCAGCAAAAACAGACGAAGAAACACCACGCCAAACAGACUGCAAGCUUCCUGAAAGUUCAAUCUCCACGUCCUCGUAUGACACGAGACAGUUUAGGACAAGGGAGGAACUGAACAUAAACAAGAAGCAGAGCUACAAGAAGAAAAGUGGUGACAAGAGCCGACACAGAAAGGAUAGAAAUAGUACCAGUGAAGAGAGCGACUUUUUUUCCUUGAAAAGAAGCAAAUCCAAAUCGCAAGGCUUCAACCUGUUGCACAACCAAAACAGAAACUCCUCCUCAGGUUACGUAUCUUGCUCGGAAUGCUCGUACGACUCGGACACCUGCACCUGCGUCUCGGCGGACAAAUGCUACUGCUCCCUAGGCACCAAGAACCUCACGAAGAGGAUGACCAAGUGCUCAGGUCCCAACUGCCGGAUGGAAGGCAAGUGCUACUGCAACCUAGACAAUACUCUAAAUUUUUGUGAGUGUGACACGGACUCCUGUACGGAGAGCAACAAGUGUUACUGCUCCAGCGCCCCGGCCUUCAACCAUCUGAAGCAGAAAGGAUUCACGCACCACAACCACAAGAAGCUGUGCAAGAAGAGCUCGAACACGAAGAGUACCAAGAGUUUGGAGUACAUCCUCAACCCGUGCGAGUCGUACUACGAGAAACUGAAACUGAAAUCCAAGAAUUCCUCCGAUAUAGCCGUAGAAAAACAAAUGAAGUCCAAACAAAAUGGCCGCGGAUCUACAAGAACACUCCAGUCGACGGCCAUAUCAGGAGGCUGCAACGAGGCCCUGUCGGUAAAAAAAUCCGCCGAAAUAGCGGCACUAUUCGCCGACAUCAAACUGAGCCAAACGACGGACAUCACCCACCUAACACCUAAAAACUUCGACGUCGCCUCUCUGAUCUCCAAAAGUUCUUACACUAAGCUGCAGCAGCCAAAAUACACGAAACCAUCCAAACCUUCGUCAAACCGUCUAGACGUGAAGACGAAUAACAUGUAUAGCGCGAAGAACGGACUCUACACGAUUCAGAGCCAGUCGGACGAGUCCAGGAGGUCGAGUUUGAACGAGGGAAGGAAGAUAAGUGAGAGUCGGGAAUAUUUUGACUUGGAGUCGCAGUAUGAAAGGAACAUCGACAACGUUAGUACUAACAUAGAGAACUCUUUAGGUUACUUACCCUAGUCGAUAAUUCCGUGCAUGUUCUUGGAUGACAAGUAAGCCACAGGAAUAUGACUACACUAAUACGUUUGAUUUUUAUUUUUCCCAAAUUGGGAUUUGUAAGAAUUUGUAUUAUAUAAUAUGGUAUAUAGCAAGGUGCGAGACUUAAUACGAUUCACCUCAAGGAUUAAAGGGGGCUUUAGCCUCUUUUAGAUAUAUGGUAUGUGUGUUUUUCCACUCCGUGGUCUAACAAUCAGAUUUAAUUACACAGACACAACAAUUGGAAAAAUUAGCUUAUUCAGCAGAUGUGACUCAUGUCACCCUAUUUCUUUGCGCCCUAGAAACCAAAUAUACCGUGGAAAACGCUUUAUAAUCCCAAAUAUUUUUUUAAGUUGUUAAAAAUCACCCUUAAAAGCAGUCAAAAGUCAGCAUUCAGUAGGUUUCUCUCUAAGCACAGUCCUGGAAGAGUGUAUAUUUUGAGUAUUCAAACACUCGAUCAACUCUUGCAACUCUUCUUGCAAUACCAUAAAGCUACUUUUAAAACAUCAGUUAAGAUUAUAGAUUCGACAGAUUUAUGUCA